AUGUGUGGUUCAGACAUCUUUCUAGCAAUUCUCGCGGUUUUCUUCCCCCCAGUUGCGGUGUGGAUCAAAGUAGGCAUUUGCACGGCCGAUUCCAUCAUCAACCUUGCUCUCUGCUGCCUUGGCUACGUGCCCGGGCUUUUACACGCCUGGUACAUUAUCCUCAAGUACCCCGAACCAGAUUAUGAUGACCCUAGCUAUGAGCCUCUUCCUGGCGAUGCGGAAAACGGUCGCGUAACAUAUUACUAUGUUUCCCACCAACCGAUCCAGCACCCCUCCCAGAGGGGCUAUGGUACAAUGCCGCCACAACAGCCCCAAGCAGCAAACGCCCCGCCACAGAUCCGGCAACCUACCCCGAAUCACCCCCAUGAACAAGCCCAAGCUGGCAGCAGCAGCCAGGACCACCCGGAUAGUCGCCCACCUCCUACCUAUGCCGAGGCCGUGAAGGGAGAUCAUAAAGUGCAGGACUGA